AUGCUGCACCCCGCCACGCAAGCGGUUCGUCUCCGAACCGCCGCUUCUCAAGCUGCGGUGUUGCACCGGGCGCGGUACUUUCACUGCAACUCGCUCCUGCUCCGCAACCCAGAGGCCCCGCCAGCCGUCGGAGACGCCCGCCAUCCCGAGGCCCCAAGAACGUCGGCCAUCGAUGAGGUUCUUGCGAGGAGAGCCAAGGCCGGAAAGCUGGUGGCGGGCAUCGCUGCCGCCUCGGACAGUGACAUGUUCAAGGGACCUGUAUGCCUGCUCCCGGGCCCCCAUCGGUCGCCGUCGCUUCGCUGA